AUUCGACCAAAUACAAAAACUUAUGGUACUCUUAUUAAUGGUUUAGUAAAUUAUUUUAAUGACUUGGCUGGUGCCGAAAUGGCUUUUAAUGAGAUGAUGUAUAAGCGUGGAUUGUCUCCAACCAUUCAAAUUUAUUCCAAUAUGAUACAAGCGUAUAUUAAUCAUGGAAAAUUUCCAUUGGCUGAACAAUUAUAUUCGAAUUUAUUACAAAGUAAUUAUGUUCCCACGACCGCAACUUUUAAUUUAUUUAUUGGAGGUUAUUCUAGAGCUAAUCAGAUGGAUAAAGCAAUACAAUAUUAUGAGAGAAUGAUCGGUUUUGGGUUGAACCCAUCCGAUAACACUUAUAAAGCUUUAAUCAAUGGUUUCAUUACUUCUAAAAAUAUGUUGGGCGCUUCUCAAAUCUAUGAUAAUAUGAUAAGUGCGGAAUUUAUUCCUGAAAAUCCUGAGCUGAAAAGACUUUGUCAAAUAAUAGAACAAUGGAGAUCAAGACAAUUGAAUAUCAAUCAAAUCUUAAAAUCUUGA